AUGUGGUUUUACUGCAAAUGGCAAAUAAAUGAAUCUGAAUCUAAAUUUCUCUCUCCCCUCUCUCUCCCCUCUCUCUCCCCUCCCUCCCCCUCUCUCUCCCCUCCCUCCCCUCCCUCCCCCUCUCUCUCCCCUCCCUCCUCUUCCUCUCUCUCCCCUCUCCACCCUCCCUCCCUCCCUUCUCUCUACUCUCCUUCCUCUCUCUCCUCCCCUCUCCACCCUCCCUCCCCUCUCUCUCCCCUCCCUCCCCCUCUCCUCUCUCCCCUCUCUCUACCCUCCCUCCCCCUCUCCUCUCUCCCCUCUCUCUACCCUCCCUCCCCCUCUCCUCCCUCCCCUCUCUCUACCCUCCCUCCCCCUCUCCUCUCUCCCCUCUCUCUACCCUCCCUCCCCCCCCUCUCUCUACCCUCCCUCCCCCUCCCCCUCUCCUCUCUCCCCUCUCUCUCCCCUCCCUCCCCCUCUCCUCUCUCCCCUCUCUCUACCCUCCCUCCCUCUCUCCUCCUCUCCCCCUCUCUCUACCCUCCCUCCCCCCCUCUCUCUACCCUCCCUCCCCCUCCCCCUCUCCUCUCUCCCCUCUCUCUCCCCUCCCUCCCCCUCUCCUCUCUCCCCUCUCUCUACCUCUCCCUCCCUCUCUCCUCUCUCCCCCUCUCUCUCUACCCUCCCUCCCCCCUCUCCUCCCUCCCCUCUCUCUACCCUCCCUCCCUCUCUCCUCUCUCCCCUCUCUCUACCCUCCCUCCCCCUCUCCUCCCUCCCCUCUCUCUACCCUCCCUCCCCCUCUCCUCCCUCCCCUCUCUCUACCCUCCCUCCCCCUCUCCUCUCUCCCCUCUCUCUACCCUCCCCCCCCCCUCUCUCUACCCUCCCUCCCCCUCCCCCUCUCCUCUCUCCCCUCUCUCUCCUCCCUCCCUCCCCCUCUCCUCUCUCCCCUCUCUCUACCCCCCUCCCCCUCCCCCUCUCCUCUCUCCCCUCUCUCUCCCCUCCCUCCCCCUCUCCUCUCUCCCCUCUCUCUACCCUCCCUCCCCUUCUCCUCUCUCCCCUCUCUCUCCCCUCCCUCCCCCUCUCUCUCCCCUCCCUCCCCCUCCCCCUCUCCCCUCUCUGGAGGCAUCUGUAAUAACUCUGUGCCUUUGUUUAGUGGACAGGAGGGGCACAAGUCAGACCCCUCCUCAAGCUGCUUCUCCUCCCUCCCUCCUCUCUCACUCCUCUCCUCCCCUCUCUUCUCCCCUCUCUCUCUCCUCUCUCACUCCUCUCUCUCUCCUCUAUCCCUCCUCUCUCACUCCUCUCUCCCUCCCCCUCUCUCUCUCCUCUCUCACUCCUCUCUCUCUCCUCUAUCCCUCCUCUCUCACUCCUCUCUCCCUCCCCUCUCCCUCCUCUCUCACUCCUCUCUCACUCCUCUCUCACUCCUCUCUCCCUCCCCUCUCCCUCCUCUCUCACUCCUCUCUCACUCCUCUCUCACUCCUCUCUCUCUCCUCUCUCCCUCCUCUCUCACCUCCUCUCUCUCACUCCUCUCUCACUCCUCUCCUCCCCUCUCUUCUCCCCUCUCUCCUCUCUCCCUCCCUCCUCUCUCCCUCCUCUCUCACUCCUCUCUCCUCUCUCUCUCCUCUCUCCCUCCCUCCUCUCUCCCUCCUCUCUCACUCCUCUCUCACUCCUCUCUCACUCCUCUCUCCCUCCCCUCUCCCUCCUCUCUCACUCCUCUCUCACUCCUCUCUCACUCCUCUCUCUCUCCUCUCUCCCUCCUCUCUCACUCCUCUCUCACUCCUCUCUCACUCCCCUCUCCCUCCUCUCUCACUCCUCUCUCACUCCUCUCUCACUCCUCUCUCACUCCUCUCUCUCUCCUCUCUCCCUCCUCUCUCACUCCUCCCUCCCUCCUCUCUCCCUCCUCUCUCACUCCUCUCUCCUCUCUCACUCCUCUCUCACUCCUCUCUCUCUCCUCUCUCCCUCCUCUCUCUCUCCUCUCUCUCCCUCCUCUCUCACUCCUCUCUCACUCCUCUCUCACUCCUCUCUCACUCCUCUCUCACUCCUCUCCCCUCCCCUCCCUCCUCUCUCACUCCUCUCUCACUCCUCUCUCACUCCUCUCUCUCUCCUCUCUCCCUCCUCUCUCACUCCUCUCUCACUCCUCUCUCACUCCUCUCUCACUCCUCUCUCACUCCUCUCUCACUCCCCUCUCCCUCCUCUCUUCUCCCCCUCUCUCCUCUCUCCCUCCCUCCUCUCUCACUCCUCUCUCUCUCUCUCCUCUCUCUCUCCUCCCUCCUCUCUCACUCCUCUCUCACUCCUCUCUCCCUCCUCUCUCCCUCCCCUCUCCCUCCUCUCUCACUCCUCUCUCCCUCCUCUCUCCCUCCCCUCUUCCUCCUCUCUCACUCCUCUCUCACUCCUCUCUCACUCCUCUCUCACUCCUCUCACUCCUCUCCUCCCCUCUCUCCUCUCUCCCUCCCUCCUCUCUCUCUCCUCUCUCCCUCCCUCCUCUCUCACUCUCUCUCCUCCCUCCUCUCUCACUCCUCUCUCCCUCCUCUCUCACUCCUCUCUCACUCCUCUCUCACUCCUCUCUCACUUCUCUCUCACUCCUCUCUCCCUCCUCUCUCACUCCUCUCUCCCUCCUCUCUCACUCCUCUCUCCCUCCUCUCUCACUCCUCUCUCACUCCUCUCUCACUCCUCUCUCACUCCUCUCUCUCUCACUCCUCUCUCACUCCUCUCUCCCUCCUCUCUCCCGCCUCUCUCACUCCUCUCUCACUCCUCUCUCACUUCUCUCUCACUCCUCUCUCACUCCUCUCUCCCUCCCUCCUCUCUCCCUCCUCUCUCACUCCUCUCUCACUCCUCUCUCACUCCUCUCUCCCUCCCCUCCCCUCUCUCCUCCUCUCUCACUCCUCUCUCACUCCUCUCUCACUCCUCUCUCACUCCUCUCUCACUCCUCUCUCACUCCUCUCUCACUCCCCUCUCCCUCCUCUCUCACUCCUCUCUCACUCCUCUCUCACUCCUCUCUCACUCCUCUCUCUCUCCUCUCUCCCCUCCUCUCUCACUCCUCUCUCCCCUCCUCUCUCACUCCUCUCUCACUCCUCUCUCCCUCCUCUCUCCCUCCUCUCUCCCUCCUAUCUCACUCCUCUCUCACUCCUCUCUCACUCCUCUCCUCCCCUCUCUUCUCCCCUCUCUCCUCUCUCCCUCCCUCCUCUCUCACUCCUCUCUCUCUCUCUCCUCUCUCCCUCCCUCCUCUCUCACUCCUCUCUCACUCCUCUCUCCCUCCUCUCCUCCCCUCCCCUCUCCCUCCUCUCUCACUCCUCUCUCCCUCCUCUCUCCCUCCCCUCUUCCUCCUCUCUCACUCCUCUCUCACUCCUCUCUCACUCCUCUCUCACUCCUCUCCUCCCCUCUCUCCUCUCUCCCUCCCUCCUCUCUCUCUCCUCUCUCCCUCCCUCCUCUCUCACUCCUCUCUCCCUCCUCUCUCACUCCUCUCUCCCUCCUCUCUCACUCCUCUCUCCCUCCUCUCUCCUGCCUCUCUCCCUCCUCUCUCCUGCCUCUCUCACUCCUCUCUCACUCCUCUCUCACUUCUCUCUCACUCCUCUCUCCCUCCUCUCUCACUCCUCUCUCCCUCCUCUCUCACUCCUCUCUCCCUCCUCUCUCACUCCUCUCUCACUCCUCUCUCACUCCUCUCUCACUCCUCUCUCUCUCACUCCUCUCUCACUCCUCUCUCCCUCCUCUCUCCCCGCCUCUCUCACUCCUCUCUCACUCCUCUCUCACUUCUCUCUCACUCCUCUCUCACUCCUCUCUCACUCCUCUUUCUCUCACUCCUCUCUCACUCCUCUCUCACUCCUCUCUCCCUCCUCUCUCCCCUCCUCUCUCACUCCUCUCUCCCUCCUUUUCACUCCUCUCUCCUCUCUCUCUCUCCUCUCUCCCUCCCUCCUCUCUCCCUCCUCUCUCCCUCCUCUCUCACUCCUCUCUCACUCCUCUCUCACUCCUCUCUCACUCCUCUCCUCCCCUCUCUUCUCUCCUCUCUCCUCUCUCCCUCCUCUCUCCCUCCCUCCUCUCUCUCUCCUCUCUCCCUCCUCUCUCCCUCCCCUCUCCCUCCUCUCUCACUCCUCUCUCUCUCCUCCCUCCCUCCCUCCUCUCCCCUCUCUCCUCCCUCCCCUCUCACUCCUCUCUCACUCCUCUCUCACUCCUCUCUCUCUCACUCCUCUCUCACUCCUCUCUCACUCCUCUCUCACUCCUCUCUCCUCUCUCUCCUCUCUCCCUCCCUCCUCUCUCACUCCUCUCUCACUCCUCUCUCACUCCUCUCUCCCUCCUCUCUCACUCCUCUCUCUCUCCUCCCUCCCUCCCUCCUCUCCCCUCUCUCCUCCCUCCCCUCUCACUCCUCUCUCACUCCUCUCUCACUCCUCUCUCACUCCUCUCUCACUCCUCUCUCUCUCACUCCUCUCUCACUCCUCUCUCCUCUCUCUCUCUCUCUCUCUCUCUCUCCCUCCUCUCUCACUCCUCUCUCACUCCUCUCUCACUCCUCUCUCUCUCACUCCUCUCUCACUCCUCUCUCCUCUCUCUCUCUCUCCUCUCUCCCUCCCUCCUCUCUCACUCCUCUCUCACUCCUCUCAGACUUUCUGCCUCACCGUGUCAGCUCUGAAGCCCAAGGCAGGUCUGGAGCUGGGACCCUCUCUGGGACCCUCUCUGGGACCCUCUCUGGGACCCUCUCUGGGACCCUCUCUGGGACCCUCUCUGGGACCCUCUCUGGGACCCUCUCUGGGACCCUCUCUGGGAGACUCUCUGGGACCCUCUCUGGGACCCUCUCUGGGACCCUCUCUGGGACCCUCUCUGGGACCCUCUCUGGGACCCUCUCUGGGACCCUCUCUGGGACCCUCUCUGGGACCCUCUCUGGGAGACUCUCUGGGACCCUCUCUGGGACCCUCUCUGGGACCCUCUCUGGGACCCUCUCUGGGAGACUCUCUGGGACCCUCUCUGGGACCCUCUCUGGGACCCUCUCUGGGACCCUCUCUGGGACCCUCUCUGGGACCCUCUCUGGGAGACUCUCUGGGACCCUCUCUGGGACCCUCUCUGGGACCCUCUCUGGGAGACUCUCUGGGAGACUCUCUGGGACCCUCUCUGGGACCCUCUCUGGGACCCUCUCUGGGAGACUCUCUGGGACCCUCUCUGGGACCCUCUCUGGGACCCUCUCUGGGAGACUCUCUGGGAGACUCUCUGGGACCCUCUCUGGGACCCUCUCUGGGAGACUCUCUGGGAGACUCUCUGGGACCCUCUCUGGGAGACUCUCUGGCACCCUCUCUGGGACCCGCCUCUGACGCCCACAGCUCCACACAACAGUUUACCUGCAGAGCGGUGCGCUGCGCUGACGUUGGCCAGAUCCAAAGCGACUGGAGCGGGUUCUUCUCCUUCAGCAGCGGCUCUUCGAACACGGAGGAAACUCCAAGGAAGCAGAGUAAACUGUGCAAACUGGAGGAACCGGAGGAAAGGGACACCGUGCAGACCGUGCAGACUGUGCAGACCGUUUUGGGCCCUGCAGAGAGGGUUGAUGUGAUACAGUCUACGGCGACAGCGGCAGCGGUACCCGGCAGCGGUACCCGGCAGCGGUACCCGGCAGCGGUACCCGGCAGCGGUACCCGGCAGCGGUACCCGGCAGCGGUACCCGGCAGCGGUACCCGGCAGCGGUACCCAGCAGCGGUACCCGGCAGCGGUACCCGGCAGCGGUACCCGGCAGCGGUACCCGGCAGCGGUACCCGGCAGCGGUACCCGGCGUGUUUACGUCUCAUCCUGAACAAAACAAUCUAA